GUCAUGUGACUCCCUCACCCCCAUGUUUCUGUUCUCUCUCAGACUUUGCCCCUCGAAGUCACCUGAUCCGCGUGGAAGGGAAUUUAAUGGCUCAAUACUCGGAGGACGGGAACGGGCGUCACAGCGUGUGCGUGCCUUACGAGGAGCCGCAGGUGGGGUCCCAGUGUACGGCCGUCCUCCUGAACUACAUGUGUAACAGUUCCUGCAUGGGGGGUAUGAACCGCAGACCCAUCAUGACCAUCAUCACCCUGGAGUCCAAGGAGGGCAUCCUCCUGGGCCGGCGCUGCUUCGAGGUCCGCGUGUGCGCCUGUCCUGGUCGGGACCGCCGGACUGAGGAGGAGAACUUCACCAAGAAAAAGGAGCUGAAGGGCAGCGGGAAGAGAGGUGAGACUCUGCGGAGGUGGGACCAG